GAAACACCAGGAUAUACGAAGCACAUAUACUCUCAGAUCUUACGGAUCAUAUGGGAAAUAAAAGAGAAAGAAACAAAGUAAACCAUAUGCAUAAAAGAAGAGAAAACGAGGGGAGAGAGAUCGGAGGGGUGGACGGGAGAGAAAGAGAGAGUUGAAGCCGGCGGCCGGCGGCAGGCGGCCGACGGCCAUUAAACCACUCAUCAUCAACUUCUUCGUUAACACAAAAGGAAGCUCUCCUUUCGUCCAGCUAGUCUUAACACCUCUCCACCAAGAGGAUCCCUUCCUCUAGCUACUCACGUUUUUUAAUUCUUUUUUUCAUCUUGUUGCUCCUAGAGUCCUAGCCAUGAGUUCUUCUUCAGAUGAUGACAGUACCUCUCGGGGCGGAGGUAGGGGAGGGCCAACCCUGGCCCAGCCCAAAUUUUAAAAAUGUCUAAAUUUUUAAUGUAAAAAAUCCCGUGUAAAUUUUUCCCCAAAAAUAUUUUUUGUAUCGACCCAGUGCCCUGGCUCCGCCCCUGGUACUUCUCCUACAGCCCACACCAUCCAUGACGGUGCUUUCAAUGAUUCUGGGCGGCAUCCCCAUAUGGAUCUCGAGAGUCCAUAUCAUCUUCUCUCAUCCGACAGUCCUAGUUCUGUUCUUGUUGGAGCAGUUCUUACGGGUCUGGACAAUUACAAUUCAUGGGUGCUAACCAUGACUAUGGCGCUUCAAGGUCGGAAAUUCGCCUUUAAUUUGUUGAUGGUAGUCUCCCUGCUCCGCAAGUGGCUCAUCCUGAGAGUUCUUGACCUGUGACAGUAGAAAACGAGCACCCCACUCUACCGUGAUGAUCAAAUCUAAGUGUGUGUACAUGGCAAGGUUUUGUUCAUAUGCAUGGAGUUGGACUCCGUUUCCACUUACCAACGUUCGAAGACCUACCAACUGAGGCGCGAAAGGCGUAUACGGAAGACAAGCAAGAAGGGAGCAAAGCUAAGAAUCAUGAUCCUCUCCGGCUCACUCUCACACCGGGGAUCCACAGCGACCUAGUUCUGGAAGAGAGCAGAAGAGGCGACAACCACACUCAGACUUGCCGUUGGAAGUUUCCGGAUAGGAAGGAAGAAGAAGCGGUUCGCUGGAAGAUGUCGGCCCGUGCGGGUGGCGAGAAUAAUUCCCCAACAAUCUUAAGAAAGUAUUUGGCAAGAAUGAAACACAACACUUCCCUAUGGAGCGCUGCUUGUUUUUGCUUGUUCUCCCAGCUAGCGAGUAAUUUCUUCCAAGACAUAUGCGCGCUCCUGUCGCUUUGAGGCACCCAAAUGGAGAAUAUAUGGACCUAGUUCUGGAAGAGAGCAGAAGAGGCGACAACCACACUCAGACUUGCCGUUGGAAGUUUCCGGAUAGGAAGGAAGAAGAAGCGGUUCGCUGGAAGAUGUCGGCCCGUGCGGGUGGCGAGAAUAAUUCCCCAACACAUAUACGCUAAGUAUUUUACAUAAUUACCUGGAAUAGGCUAUGUGGUUGAUUGUUAUAUGACUUAUGAUAUAACUAUAAACCUGUUUACAAAACCAUUAUGGUGAGACGGUGUGUAGACUGAGUAGGAGGAUCUUGACAGUAUCACAAGCUGACCUCUCACAGAUUUGUAAGUCAAAGAAACUUUGUAGAUGACUUCAGUCAUAUCUCUCCUUUGGAUCCGCCGAGGCUUGUUUGGUUCGUAUAGCUCGGGAAUCAUAUAUUAUUUUAUUAGAUGCUCAUGAGACUAUCCUUCAUCAUAAAAACACUACUCGGGGCCUGUUUGCCUCUAUGU